AUGCCAACGGUGAAUACAGUCCUGGGCCCAGUGGAUACGGACGAUCUCGGGUUCGUCCUGAGCCAUGAACACGUGGGCACGAACGCCGCCGGUCUUCGCCACACCUAUCCGGAAUUCAUCGACCGCAAUGGCAUCCGUGAGCAGUCUAUCGCCGCCAUGUCUGCUGUGCACGCCGACGGGGUGUGUAGGACGAUUGUUGAUGUAAGUACCUUUGACCUGGGGCGCGACGUGAAUCUGAUUCGGGAAGUGUCCGAAGGCAGCGGGAUGCAAAUCAUCGCGGCGACCGGCAACCACGUAGCGGUGCCCCGUCCGUUCGGCGACGUGCCUCCCGACGCCAUCGCCGAGUUGUACGUCAGGGAAAUUGAAGAAGGCAUUGAAGGCACCAGCAUAAAGGCCGGCAUCAUCAAGGUUGCCAGCGACCGGGGCGGGAUCACUCCACCACAGGAGGUAGUUCUCCGGGCGGCGGCCCGAGCCCAAAAAUCUACCGGCGUGCCAAUUUCAACCCACACCUGGUCGCCCGACCGAGUAGGUGAACAGCAGGUUCGGAUUCUGGAAGAAGAAGGCGUCGACCUGGACAAGGUCUACAUUGGGCACAGCAACGAUGACACCGAUAUGGAAUACCUGCUGGGCCUACUCAACAAGGGCGUGUGGCUGGGAUUGGACCGGUAUCCGGGCGGCCUGACUCCAGGCACUCCGGACUGGGAACAGCGCACCGAGGUCGCCCGGAAACUGAUGGACGCCGGGUUUACCAACCGGAUUUUCCUGUCCCACGACUACUCGGUUCCCAAGGCCCGUUACGGCGCCGAGGUUCAGGAACAGCGGCGGCGCGCGAAUCCCGACGGUUACAACUUCAUCCCCAGGUAUGUGUUGCCCCGCCUGAAAGCCCUGGGCGCAUCGGAUGCCGACAUCCAGCAGAUUACCGUGGGCAACGCCCGGCGCUUCUUCGCGGGAGCAUGA